CCCUCAUCGCUCUCCGACGCAGUCCAUCCGAGGCGCCAGAGACCCCCGAUAUGGCCGAUUCGGACAACGACUCGGGCGGGAACAACGACGGCAGCCACGCGCAGGGCGGGGAGCUGUCGGCGCGUGAACAGGACCGAUUCCUGCCGAUCGCUAACGUGAGCCGGAUCAUGAAGAAGGCGCUGCCGGCGAACGCGAAGAUCUCGAAGGACGCGAAGGAGACGGUGCAGGAGUGCGUGUCGGAAUUUAUCAGCUUCGUCACCGGAGAGGCCUCCGACAAGUGCCAGAGGGAGAAGAGGAAGACGAUCAACGGCGACGAUUUGCUCUGGGCGAUGACGACGCUAGGGUUCGAGGAGUACGUGGAGCCGCUCAAGGUUUAUCUGCAGAAGUAUCGGGAGCUUGAGGGCGAGAAGACCAUCAUGGGCGGCAGAGACAAGGAUAGUGCAGGCGGAGGCGGUGGGGGGACUUCCGGUGGAGGUGGCGGUGGCGGUGGCGGUGUAACCUCAGGGUCAAGCGGCGGUGGUGGUGGGUAUAAUGGGGUUUAUGGUGGAAUGGUGAUGAUGGGUAAUCAUCAUCAUCAUCAUCAUCAGGGACACGUGUACGAUUCUGGUGGUGGGUAUCAACAACAUCAUAUGGGUAUGGGAAGUGGAGGAGUUAGGGUUGGGAAUAGUGGAGGUUCGGGUGGUGGUGGAAAUGGUGGAGCUUCAGUUGUGAGGUGACUCAGGUCAAAGCAGGUGCUUUGCUCGGUGGAUUUAAUUAGGGAUGAUGAUUAUGAUGAUAAAUGACUGUUAAUCUUAAUUUAGGUGGGUUAAUUCAAUUUUCUUGAGUUCUAUAUAUCUGUGUGUGUCUGUCUGUAAGUGUAAUUGUGGGAAAAGGAAAGGGGUAUAGUGGGAAAGGAUAAAUGUAUGAUUCUCAUGUAGAUAGUUUUGACUAAACCCCAAUUUAGUUGUUGGGCUCUGGUUGGUUCAAAAUUUCCAAUCUGUUGAAAAGAAUCCAUGAAUCAUUGGCUUAUAAUGAGCUGAGACUGACAGAGGAGGAAAAGGUCUUGUAUUUGUGUUCUUUUGGGGAAACAUGACCUUAACAUCGGGUAUUCUUUGUGUGCGGUCUGCGGUGUACCAAAUAAAGAAAUAUCGAGGUCCAAAUUA